GUCUUUGUUGCGCCUAGUUUUCCCAAUUUCUCUGGAUCUUUUGGCUCGACAAACCAUGGCAAGAGGGAGAUCGAAGAAGAACAGACAUGUGAAGGGAGCCGAAUCCCCACAGGUUUGCAAGACGAACCGAACGGAGACCACUAUGCAGGUAGAAGGGAAGGUAGACUUGAGUGAACAAGAGGUCAUCACUAACUUCUUUCCAAAGAGCCCAGACAACAAGGCACGACAGGCAGCGAAGGAGUUGAUUGACAUCGCCAAGGCAACAGAAGACGUUGUCGUGACCAGGAGGCCCGGAGCUGAAGCUGAAGUUUCCCAGCUGAUAUCCACAGGUUUGGUCACCCCAGAAACCACACCCACAAAGACAAAGGCCAAACCAGAGAGAGACCAGAUGCUUCAACUGAAACCAAAAUCGUUAGAAAGUGGCCUAGGUGACGCAACUGGCAUUGUACUUGAUGACAGGGAAACUCUUUUGGCUCAGUCGGACAAGCAAAAUGAAAUGUCCGAUGUGAAGGAAGCAUCUACCGCUACUUCAGCUAAAGGUAGAGGCAGAAAGGGUGGCAAGAAAACUUCUUCUACCACCAGUGUUACUAGACCAUCAUCUGCAAGGAAAAGAAGAGAUAGAAAACCAGUGAAAUCUCAUCACAUUGAUGAGUACUUUGUGAGAAGGAGUGCCAGAAAGUCUCAGGCAGAGCUGAAGCAAGAGAAAGAGGAAUGGAUAGAACAGCAGAUAUUGGGAAAUGUAGAGGAAGGGAUGGAAGUUGUGGAUAUAGAAGGCAAGGGGAGGGGGGUAGUGGCCACCAGGCCAUUCGGUCGUGGCGACUUCGUGGUGGAAUAUGCUGGCGAUCUCAUUGACACAAAAACAGCCAAGGAUAGAGAAGCUAAAUAUGCAGAGGACCCAAGCACAGGCUGCUACAUGUACUACUUCAAGUACAAGAACAACACAUACUGUGUUGAUGCUACAGCAGAGUCAGGUCGGCUAGGUCGCCUUAUCAACCACAGUGCCAGACACAAGAACCUGAUGACCAGGUCCAUCUCCGCAGGGGGUCUGCCGCGCCUUAUCCUGGUGGCCGCCAGGGACAUCCAGCCUGGCGAGGAGUUACAGUACGACUACGGAGACCGGAGUAAAGAAUCGCUCGCGUCACACCCUUGGUUGGCUUGUUGAAACGUGUAACAAACACACAUUCAAGUAAUCUGUUGCUGAUACUCAAGCAACUCGAUAGUGUUGUC